GCAGUAGGUGGCGGUGCACACCUUUCAAGUUGGUUUGAAAGAAGAAGAAGAAGCCCCCUGAUUACACACACACCUACAAACACCAUUAUAUUUGCACUGGUUUCAUCCUCUACUUGGGAUUAUGUCUUCUGUGUUCUCCUGCUCUCCUCUCCACACAUUGCCUUUGUUUUCUGCCAUCACUGUUAUUUUGUCAUGACCUCCAUGUAAGAAACUCCUGCAAGCUGGAUGACCUGGACAGAAAGGAGGAUGGUCUGUGACAAAGAUUUUGGACUAAAGGCAUAGUGGAUUGUGAUCAUCACCAAGGCAUUAGGAAGCUCCAUAUGUCUCUCUACUGCAAGCUUUUGCAGAGGUGCCUGAAAGUUUCCAUCCGGAGAGGGGGGGGACAACCUCCCCUUGUUGGGGAUGAACAGCGGAUGCUGAAUUUCAUUCCUGAAGGCAGGUGGGAGAGCUGUGGAGUCCGGCUGGAUUCAAUUGCAGUGGAGCUGGUAGUGCGCACCAGAAGAGACCUACAGUGCCUCUUUCUCUCUCAGUCGCAUGCAUUUUCCACUAGAAUACAUAACAAUAUUUCACUUUGCCAAAGUGGAAUAUCACGAAGAGGCAACCCAAAAGAAAAUCUCCUGAACAAGGGAAGUAAAAUGGAAUGGGUUAUGUACAGAAUCGAUGAAGGACAUCCUGUUUACAAAAAGUAAUUUCAAAUCAGAAAAGGCUUCAAAUUGGAUUCUCAAUCUGAGAGACUUGGAAAAUUGUUUCCCUUUUUUCUUUGUGGAACAGCGCUGAUCUUCAGACAGUUUAUUUUGUGGGCUAUAGGGUUCUGGAUGAUAUUUCAAGACUAAAUCUGUGUAGGCACCUACCCGCUCUCCUGGUAGAAAGCAGACAUGUUUGUUGCCUCUGUUCCAGUGUGACCCUUGAGUAAAUGACCUGUGAAUAGAGUCACACAGGGGAUUUUCUUAAGGACUUCCUUGCUUCUGUAUCAGUGUAUGGACAACUGACCUUGGGAAGCCCAACAGAUAAAAGACCAAAAGUAGGGACAACCAAAGCAAAAGAGGGGAGAAAGAAUAGGAGAUGGCUGAGGGGAUGAUUGCUUCUCAAAGUGAACCGUGACAGAAUGGUCGACUGUAUGAGCAAAGUCAUGCUGCACACGGUCGUCUCAUGCUGGCAGCCAUUCCUAGGACUGGCCCUUGUGGCUGUCUUUGUAAGUUCCACCCUAGGAUGUCCCUCGCGUUGCGAGUGUUCGGCGCAGAGCAAGGCAGUUGUCUGUCACCGCAAGCGCAUGCUCAGCAUCCCAGAGGGCAUCCCAACAGAGACCAGGAUCCUGGACCUGAGUAAGAACAAGCUGACAAUGAUCAACCCUGAUGAUUUUGUUGCUUUUCCUGGGCUUGAGGAACUUGACUUAAGUGGAAAUAUUAUCAGUUAUGUUGAGCCUGGAGCUUUCAAUGCCCUGUUCAACAUGCACUCACUCAGUCUCAAGAGUAAUCGAAUCAAGCUCAUUCCUCUGGGUGUCUUCACAGGCUUAACAAAUCUUACCCGACUGGAUAUAAGUGACAACAAAAUUGUCAUUCUCCUGGAUUAUAUGUUUCAGGACUUGCACAAUCUAAAGUUUUUGGAAGUGGGUGACAAUGAUCUGGUUUACAUUUCUCACCGUGCAUUCAGUGGACUUUUAAGCUUGGAGAUACUAACCUUAGAAAGGUGUAAUCUUACAGUUGUGCCCACUGAGGCCCUUUCCCACCUGCAUAACCUAGUCAGCCUCCAUCUACGAUACCUCAGCAUCAGCACUUUGCAUCCCUACUCAUUCAAAAAGCUGUUCCGUCUGCGGCAUUUAGAAAUUGAUAAUUGGUCUUCACUAGACCAUGUGCCAGCCAAUACCCUACAUGGUCUCAACCUGACGACGCUGUUUAUAACCAACACCAACUUGUCCUCCUUCCCUUACCAAGCCCUGAAGCAUCUGCCCUACCUGACACACCUUAACCUGUCCUACAACCGCAUCAGGCACAUUGAAGGGGCAAUGCUAAUGGAGCUUGUAAGGCUGCGAGAACUCCAUCUGGUUGGAGCUCAGUUAACCACAAUUGAACCAUAUGCUUUCCAGGGCCUGAGGGGGCUUAAAGUCCUAAAUGUCUCUCACAAUCGACUGGAUACGCUGGAGAAGGGUGUUUUUCAGUCUCCUGAGGCUCUGGAAGUUCUUCUUAUUGACAACAAUCCCUUAGUGUGUGACUGUCGUCUCAUGUGGAUCUUACAGAAAAGGCAUUCCAUCUUCUUUGGGGAUUUGCAGCCAGAAUGCAGCACACCAGAAGGUAUCCGAGGCAGACCUUUCAAGGAGUUUAAGGAGACUCUUCUGUCCUAUUAUGUGACAUGCACCAAGCCAAAAAUUCGUGAGAACAAAACACAGACGAUCACUGUGGAUGAGGGCCAGCAGGCAAUGUUGCGCUGCAGUGCUGAGGGGACACCAAGACCAAUUGUGUCCUGGUUGUCCCCACGCCGACGAGUUCUGACAAGCAGGAGCCAUGGUAGAGUGACCGUCCACAACAAUGGCACACUGGAGAUCAAGUCUGCAGAGGUACAAGACAGUGGAGUGUACCUUUGUCUUGCCUCCAACACUGCUGGGAAUGACACCCUUAUGACUUCACUGGCGGUGAAAAGUCUGGGGUCGCUGUACGCUAACAGGACCCAGUACUAUACAGAUCCCAGCAAUACUACUGCCAAUGGGACAACCAGUGUUACCCUCGGUUUGGACCUAAAGACUAUUUUAGUGUCAACAGCUAUGGGUUGUUUUACAUUCCUGGGAGUGGUCUUGUUUUGUUUCCUGCUCCUUUUUGUUUGGAGCAGAGGAAAAGGAAAACAUAAAAACAACAUAGAUGUUGAAUACGUGCCUCGGUCAAAGUCUAAUGGCACUAACGUUGACUCAGCAGAGGGACAAGCAGGUUCUCGUCGUUUUAACAUGAAAAUGAUGUGACUUCUUUUACAGAUCACAAAUUCUGGAUUAUGGAAAUGCCCAAAGUACAUUGUAUUUUUUUGCAAACAGGACUACUGAACUUUCCACUGUUACAGGGAGAGUGAGAGUGAAAAUUCCCGGGCAUCAUAACAAGUUGAGCUGUACCUUACUAUAACUGGAUCUUGACAAAAUGUUUGGAUUGUGUUUCAAAUACUGAAAAGCAUAGUGGGACAUCCUCUUACGUAUUUGCCAGGCUGGCAACUUCUUCAGCACGGAUGAGGAGUGAAAACUAUUGCCGCCAAGGGGACCUGAAGGGAAUAGGUGUCAUUUAUGAGCUUUUUGAAAUUUAUAUGCCCAAAAAGAACCCUAAGUUUGGGGUUGGAUCUACAAACUUCGCUAAACCAUGUACAGUACAAAUUUGUAUCUAAGCUAUUAACCCUAAUUGUUUAGUCUUGCUCCAUGCUUAUUCACUGAACAAAUCAACGAACCAGACCAUAAUUUCCUAUGUUCAGCACUUUGAAUAUGUGUACCUAAUGCUUCAAUAUGUACAUGUAUGUACAUAUUCAUUCAAACAAACUAUUCAUAGCAAUAUUCAUGGGAUGCAUUAGCCAAAAUUGAUAUAACCCAUAUGUUUUUUGAAGUUUCCAUGAAUUCAGGAAGGGCUGCUGUGGGUGAUUAUCUGUCCCUGUCCCCCAAUUGACUCCUAAAUAUUAGUAAAUAUAUAUAUUAUUUAUCAUUGAAAAUAGAAGACAAAACAUUUUAUUUAUAAAAAAUGUUGAGCAUUUUACAAAAAUCAGUCCUCAAAUGCUGUUCAGGAUAUAACAUGACACUUGGGUCAUCAUAAACAUGACUUGGUAUCGAUCAAAAUUUCACAUGACCCACCUUUUUGUCCCAUUUUUGUCUAUUUUUAUUCCUUUAACUGUAUCUUUGCUGGUUGGCAAACUACUACUCAAUUUUACUACAGUGACAUUUGCAUCAUUUUUCCGCCAUAGAAAAUUUGGACUUUGUUGUUGUAGUUCCUCAUUUUGUUGUUGAAUCAUUUAGAUUGUGAAAAUUUCAAAAGUAAAAGUAAAAAAAUGUAUGUGAAAUAAAAGAAGAUGUAUUUGUACCAGUGAGUAUGACUAAAUGGCUAAUACAU